AUGUCGCAGGGUUUCUUAAGGAGAAGAUUUUACCCUCUUAGUGAUAUCUUAUCUAUUUCACAAAAGGGAACAUGGCAAUCCAACCCCCUACCUAUCCAGAAUCUUAAGCUAGUGCUUCAACUUACGAGUCCUUCGAAUCUAGUUACAACUCCCUGGCAAUAUAAUAUUCUUGCUAGUAUAGCCCACUGGAUACUUCUUGCUGGAUAUCUAGUAAUACCUAGAACGUUCAUAUCUCUACAAAAGUCUAACGCUAUCCAAGAUGGUCUCGCCGAAAAUGAAGUAGGGAAGUGGAUUUUGAAUACUAUCCAAAAUCCUCCGCUUCUCGCAACAGUAUACGUACUAUUUGUCUCGGGCUUGGCGAUCAUGAGUUGGCUGUUCUGGGAAUAUCGGGAUAAUUAUAUUUAG